AUCAAGCGGUGCAAACUCUGCGAGUAAACAAAACUAUAAGUUUGUAAUAAAUAUAUUUGUGUAAUUUGAUCGAAUAUCACGCCCGUGGCACUGAAGGCAGUUACACUCAAGCGCACUACCAGUUAUUCAAUCCGUUAGAUUUACCUUCGCCUGAAUAAACGAGUAGCGAACGUAAAAUGGAAGUAGAUAUGCGUUAUGUGUUGGACCGAGCGAACGACCUGGAGGAGCAUCUUUCGAUCGGUUAUCAGAAGGCCUACUCGUGCAACCUACCGAUGGUAACGAGACAGAUGUUCUGGGACUACAUGGUGCGCCUAAUGAAGACAGUGUCUGGCAACGAUGGUCAACUGAAGAUGCUCCAGGCAAGUGCGGCAAACAAUGCCGAAUUUGAUGACGAUUCGGUCGGAUGUGUGCAGCUUAAAAGGGAGGAUUCUGGCUGCACGCUGAAGGGACAGAUCCAUUUGAUAAGCCCGAGCGAUGAUGGUGAGAGUGCGGAAAUCAAAAUCUACCAGCUGUCGGUCGUGAUAGACGAGGAGAACCACAAGAUCGAGUCCGCCGAAUGCAGCGACUGUACCGAGGUCGGCUUCUGUCAGCAUACGAUCAGCUUCCUGCUGUGGCUGCACAGCCAGAAUCAGCUCGGUACGCACCAGGAGCUGGAGUGCUUCUUCCGUACACCGCUCGUCACCGAGCUGGAACAGAUCCCACCGAAGCCAAUCCUGAACAAAACUAAGGCUAAAAAUUUCAUCCGCGAGAUCGUGCACGGUCUGCAGACGGAAGACAUCGAUUGUCCGCUGCGAUGGAAUUUUUCAUCGGUGAAUAAAAAGUACUCCAACCUGUCGAUUCACGAGCUGAUCAUGUGCACCGUAAAGAACGGGUACGAUUUAAAUCAGUUCUUCGAGCACGCGCAAGCCGUCGUCGGCUCGUCUAUGGCCGUGCUGGCCGAGAAGGUGAAAUUUCAACCUCGGUUCUAUCCCUGGUUCCAAGAGCUCCGCUAUGGUCGCAUUACGGGCGCCAAGGUGUACGAUUGUGCCAACCUGAACGUGGCCCGACCGCUCCUGUACGAGACGAUACUCGGCUGCAACAAGGAGCUGGACACGGUCGUGCUGCGGAAGAAGCUUGCCAUUCGCCAGCGGCUCGAAAAGUACACUAAAAUGGUGUACGAGAAUCCACGCAUCACCAUGAACGCCUCCUAUCCGGUCAUCUUCGACAUCCCGGAUGGCAUCUGUCAAUCGCACGUGGUGGAAAUCAAGUGUCCCCGGUCGCGUGAGCACAUGAAAAAGUACGUUACCGACGAUGGCAGCAUCAACGAGAAGUACUACCUGGAGAUGCAGGUGCACAUGCUGCUGUACGGCAGGACGCAGGGCGUGGUGUGCGUGGCCGAUCCGGACUUUGACAACAACAACGAUCUGUACAUGCACUCGUUCAAUCUCAACAAGCCGCUGGCUACGAAGCACCUGCAGAAGGCGGUGGAAUACUGGAAGAACAACGUUUUUCCGGAACUCGUCAACAGUUGGUCCGAGUAGAGCGGGCAGGGCUAUUGCAACUUCUUUUAAUCGAGAGAGAUCUAUAUCGCAGUGCAACUCAUCAACCAACGAUAACGGCACGAGUGUAGCGAGAAAAGAAGAAAUCAGAAACAAGGAACCUUCAGGCAGGAAAGGGAAUCAAGUAGCACGCAACGCGAUUUUAGAAUAUCUUAUUUUUUAUCUUUCUUCUUUGACAACACACCCACACACGUACACCAAUACAGACAUACACACAUACACACACACACACACGCACACACAAUAGCGUUUUAAGGACAAUAAAUGUAAGACUUUCAUUCUAGAA